CAGCGUGAAUUGCCUGAGAUUGCCCACCUCGACCCUCGUCUCUUGGAAGACACUGACGCCCCAAUGCGUAAACGCAUGGAAGUAUACAUCAAGCUGCUGCAGCACAACAUCGUGAAAGCUUUGCAAGCAGAGGAGCCCGGAGCUCGCUUCCUCGUAGAUUCCUGGGUCAGGAAGGAAGGUGGGGAGGGCAUCUCAUGCGUGUUGCAAGACGGAGCCACGUUUGAGAAGGCGGGCUGUAAUAUCUCGAUUGUGCAUGGAAAACUCCCGCUUGGUGCUAUCAAGCAGAUGGCAUCUGGGAAGAUACAAGAGAGGCUCAACUAUCGGAUGGAUGGCCCCAAUCCCGAAGUGGACUCUCUGCCCUUCGUCGCCGAGGGUCUGAGCCUCGUUGUCCAUCCUGUGAACCCCUUUGCGCCAACAGUACACUUCAAUUAUCGCUACUUUGAGAUUGGACACCCUAAGACACUCAAAGAUGGUUCGCCCAAUCCUCGGUAUCAAGAGCCCAAAGAUGCGGGGGAAGGAGGCCCACCUCCAGCAGCCUGGUGGUUCGGCGGUGGUACGGACUUGACACCCAUCUACCUCUUCGAGGAAGACGCAAAGCAUUUCCACUCUGUCCUGAAGAAGGCAGCAGACAAGAACGAUCCCGCCUUCUACCCUACUUGGAAGAAGUGGUGUGAUGACUACUUCUGGAUCCCACAUCGCAAGGAGACUCGGGGAGUGGGAGGAAUCUUCUUCGACGACUUGACUCUCACCUCGAGCUGGAAUGUCACCCGUGCUGCAAAGCUGCCGAAAGAGUACAUAGGGCUGUCUGCCGGAGGUGGUCCCUCUGACCCUGGCAAGCCGAUCUCGACUACACAUCAGCAUGACAUCCAUACACUGUUCAAGACUGUCCGCUCCAUGGGAGACUCCUUCCUUCCUGCAUAUAUCCCACUUAUCCAGAAGCGGAAGAACAUGCCAUACAGUCAGAAGCAUGUCGACUGGCAAGGCAUACGAAGGGGAAGGUAUGUGGAGUUCAACCUGGUACAUGAUCGCGGAACCAAGUUCGGCCUUCAGACACCAGGCGCUAGGAUGGAGAGCAUUUUGAUGAGUCUGCCGCUCAAAGCCAGGUGGCAGUAUAUGCACGAUGUGAAUGGAACAGGUAAGCCUCGGGACAGUGGCGGCGAAGGUAAGGAUGACAUGAGAGAGGAGAGGAGAUUGCAAGCUGUCCUCGAGAAGGCGAGAGACUGGGCAUGA